GAAGAGCAGCCAAGCUCUUCAGAGGAUUCCAGAUGUGUCCCCUCAUGGAGAGAACACUUGGCCUCUGCUGGAGCCUGAAGGUAGCUGUCUGGAUAAGUAUUUUGGGACUAGAGCAGAAGAAAGAUGGCAUUCCAGCUGUGAAACAUCACAGACCAGGGAUGGAUGCAUGCCCCAGCUUGGUUUUAGGUGAUGACACUAAUCUGCAAAUCCCUGUUUACUAUGAAAAUCCAUUAUUUCAUGCUAACAGUAAUCCAGUGCAAGAGGAAAAAGUUUUGAACUGUGAAAAAUAUUUUUCAGUUGCUGAAAGGCUCUCUUUCAAACGAGAAUUGAACUGGUACAGGGGUAGAAGACCAAGAACUGCAUUCACUAGAAACCAGAUUGAAGUCUUGGAAAAUGUUUUUAAAAUGAACUCCUACCCUGGCAUUGACAUUAGAGAAGAACUAGCUCGCAAAUUAGAUUUAGAUGAAGACAGAAUCCAGAUCUGGUUCCAGAACCGUCGUGCAAAACUGAAAAGAUCGCACAGAGAAUCUCGGUUUCUAAUGGUGAAAAAUACUUUCACCUCCAGUCUGCUAGAGUAGAAGGAAGGAUGGCUUGC